AUGAGGUGCCUGGGCACUGUCUUAUCGCUUAUCUUUAUCACCUAUCACCGAUUUUUAGAACUAACGGUUUUGGGUCUAGGCCAUCGGAAAAUAAGUGGAUCUGCGAACGAUUCGGUCGUGCCUGCUUCAUCUAACGACAUCUCGUUCCUUCCUUACAGCAUAAGAGUCCGCGAUACUUCACGUUGCCCGCGCAACAGAUGCUCGCACACUCGCCAUCAAACCUCCCACAUAUCCUUUUUCGCUUCUCUGUCUGAAUCUCUAUUGAACCCCGUGGCUCCUGUCUAUUUACGGUAG